AUGUGCCGCUGGAUCAAGUUCACUGUCGUGAAAAAUACCUUUACCUCUCUUAAAUCCUUUGACAGUUUCCAGCAGUUCUUUGGAGACGGGUAUGAAGACGUGAUCGGGGUUCUCUAUGACAUUACUGGGCCAUGGGGCAGAUGUAUGGGCAGUGACUGUGGUCCAGGUGGCAGCCAGAGUCGGGCUGUGUGGUGUGCCCACGUGGACGGCUGGACCACCCUCCACACCAACUGUGACCAGUCCCAGCGGCCUUCCAACCAGCAGAACUGCUUCCGUGUGUGCGACUGGCACAAGGACCUUUACUACUGGAAACUGGGUGCCUGGAACCAGUGUGUGUCCGUGUCAACAAGAACCUUUGGGGGCUUGCGGCCAUACGUAUGCAAUGGGGGUGAGGAGGGCAUUCAGACUCGGGAGGUGGGCUGCAUACUAAAGUCAGACGAGUCUCCCGGAGACGACAACAUCUGUGAGUACUUUGAGCCCAAGCCUCGGCUAGAGCAGGCCUGCCUCAUCCCCUGCCCUCAUGACUGUGUAGUGUCUGAGUUCACCCCCUGGACGUCCUGCUCAAAAACCUGUGGAACCGGCCUAAAGAACCGGGUGCGCAGUGUCCUGGUGCCUCCGCUCUUCGGGGGUUCCGCCUGCCCCAACCUGACUGAGUUCCAGACCUGUAAGCCAGGGCCUUGUAAGGGGCCUGAGGGGGUGUACAGCCUCAGGGUGGGGCCCUGGAUGCCCUGUUCUCUGCCCAUUUCCCGGCCGGUGCGGCAGGCCAAGCGUAGGAAGGGUAAAGGGGAGGCCAGGGAGAGGCCUGGGGUCAAAGACCCUGAUACUAGGGAGGUGAUCCAGAAGAAACGGACCAGGAACCGGCUCAACAGGCAGGAGAGCCCCUUCUGGGACAUCCAGCUGGGAUACCAGAGUCGCACGGUGUCCUGUGCACACAGGAACGGGAGCACGGUGGGACUCAGUCGGUGUCUGCCCAGGGACCUCCCUCUGACGGUCCAGUCCUGCAUCCUUGCUAAGGACUGUAAGCUGAGCGAGUGGGCAGACUGGGGCCCCUGCUCUAAGGCCUGUCUAGACCCAGACCCCGAGUCCCCCCGGGGCCAACGCUCCAGGUCCAGACGCGUGCACCAGUUCUCCGUGGGGGAGGGGGAGGACUGCCCACCGCUGGAGGAGACGGAGCCAUGUGACCCUCAGGGGGAUGGAGUACUGCCCUGCGCCACUUACACCUGGAGGACUACAGAGUGGAGCGACUGUAGGGUGGACUCGUUGCUAAGCCAACAGGACCGCCGGCGUAGCAACCAGACUGGCCUGUGUGGGGGAGGGCUCCAGAACCGAGAGGUGUACUGUGUCCAGGCCAACGCCGAACUACUGACCUACCUCAACAACCUUAAAGACAAAGAUGCAUCCCGUCCUGUGGACAGCAAGCUGUGUGGGGGUCCCAUCCCCAACACGUCCCAGCUGUGUCACAUCCCCUGUCCCAUCGAGUGUGAAGUGUCCCCAUGGGGGGCCUGGGGACCCUGCACCUAUGAAAACUGUGACGUCCAAGAAGGGAAGAAAGGUUUUAAACUGAGGAAACGGGAGAUCAGCAAUGAGCCAACGGGUGGACCAGGGAACUGUCCUCACCUGGUGGAGGCUGUCCCAUGUGACGAACCCAGCUGCUGGGCCUGGCGCCUCGUCAGACUGGAUGAGUGUAUCCCCGACGGGGAGCUGCCGUGUGGCCCCGGGACACAGAUACCUCAGGUUCAGUGUGUCAACAGCACCGGUGACAUGGUGGACAAGGACCUGUGUGGGGGAGCCCCUGCCCCUGAGCCCAUCGCCUGUGAUGUGCCUUGCCCUAAGGACUGUGUCCUCAGCGACUGGACCUCCUGGUCCUCCUGCUCCCAAACCUGUUCCAGCAAAACCAUCGAGGGCAAGCAGCUGAGGACCCGCUCCGUACUGGCCUACAACGCUGGCGAAGGUGGCGGCAUGUGUCCCAACAGCAGUUCUCUGCAGGAGGUCCGGAACUGCAACGAGCAUGCAUGUACAGUGUAUCACUGGCAGACUGGACCCUGGGGCCCCUGUACUGAAGAUCCGUCAGCCUCAGCCCUCAACACCACCACUGGCUCCAGGUCUGCUGCUGGCCCAAACACCAACGGGCAGGGCCCCUGCUCCCAGGGCAUGCAGACACGCAAGGUCAUCUGUGUCCGGGUCAACGUGGGACAGGUGCCGCCCAAGAAAUGUCCUGAGAGUCCUCGUCCAGGUACAGUGCGGCCCUGUCGAAUGCCCUGUAAGAAGGACUGCAUCGUAACCCCCUUCAGCGACUGGUCCCAGUGCUCUCCCACCUGUGAUGCAGCUGGUAACAUUCAGAAGAAGAAGCAGUCGAGAAAACGCGUCAUCCUCCAGCUGCCAGCCAACGGGGGCCAAGACUGUCCUGAGGUGCUGGAGGAGGAAAAGGACUGUGAGGCUCCUAAAGUCUGCCCUGGUUACAGGUGGAAGUCACACAAAUGGAGAAGGUGUCAAUUGGUACCAUGGUACAUCAGGGAGGACAGCCCAGGGGCUCGGGAGACAUGUGGACCAGGUCUUCAAACAAGAGCCGUGUCCUGUCGCCAGCUGGACGGAGCGCAGGCAGACAUUGGGGAGUGUCUGAAGUUUGCCAACACCAUGCCCCCCAUCACUCAGCGGUGCCAGCUCCCAUGCCAGGAUGAUUGCCAGCUCACCAACUGGUCCAAGUUCUCGUCCUGCACAGCUGACUGUGUGGGGGUCCGAACCAGGAAGAGGUUACUUGUAGGGAGAAGCAAGAAGAAGGACAAGUGUAAGAACACCCAGAUGUACCCUCUGAGCGAGACCCAGUACUGCCCGUGUGACAAGUACAACGCCCAGCCCUUGGGCAACUGGUCCGACUGCAUCCUGGCCGUGGGAGACCGGGUGGAGAGUCUCCCGGGCAUGAAGGUCCAGGGGAACAUCAAGGAGUGUGGCCAGGGCUACCGCUACCAGGCCAUGGUGUGUUACGACCAGGACAGCAGACUGGUGGAGACCUCACGAUGCAACAGCCACGGCUACAUUGAGGAGGCAUGCAUCAUCCCCUGUCCGUCAGACUGUAAGCUCAGCGAGUGGUCCAACUGGUCCCGCUGCAGCAAGUCAUGUGGUAGCGGGGUCAAAGUGCGUUCCAAGUGGCUCCGGGAGAAACCCUACAACGGAGGGCGACCCUGCCCCAAACUGGACCACAUCAACCAGGCCCAGGUGUAUGAGGUUGUGCCCUGUAUUAGUGACUGCAGUCAGUAUGUGUGGGUGGCUGAACCCUGGAGUGUGUGGAAGGUCAGCAACUUGGACCUGAAGGAGAACUGUGGAGAGGGCGUCCAGACCCGCAAAGUCAGGUGUAUGCUGAACACUAUUGACGGUCCAUCUGAGUCUGUGGAGGACUACCUGUGUGACCCGGAGGACAUGCCCUUGGGGACACGGGGAAGCCGGCUGCCCUGCCCCGAGGACUGUGUCCUCUCUGACUGGAGCAGUUGGAACCGCUGCAGCCUGCCAUGCAGUUACAACAACAGCAGGAAACGGACAGCUUACGCCAUCCGGUCACCUGGAGCAGGGAGACAAUGUCCGGACACCACAGAGAAGGAGCCAUGUAGUCUGAACCUGAACUGCUUUCACUAUUUCUACAACAUCACAGACUGGAGCACAUGUCAGCUAAGUGCCAACGCUGUGUGUGGGAAUGGCAUCAAGACGCGGAUGCUGGACUGUGUACGCAGCGACAGCAAGUCUAUCGACCUCAAGUUCUGUAAGGAGCUGAGCCUGGAGAGGAAGUGGCAGAUGAACAUUUCCUGUGUGGUGGAGUGUCCCGUCAACUGCCAGCUGUCUGAUUGGUCGGCCUGGUCGGAAUGCUCGCACACGUGUGGAUUGGAUGGGCGGAUGUGGCGUAGCAGGGCGGUGGUGCAGGGGUCCCAGGGAGAUGGGCGUCCCUGUCCCUCUCAGCUGGAACAGUGGAAACCUUGUCCUGUCAGACCCUGUUACAGGUGGCAGUACAGCCCAUGGUCUGAGUGCAGGGUGGAGGAGGUGGUAUGUGGAGCGGGACUUCGCUACCGGAACCUGUCGUGCUUCGUGUCGGACGGCUCCAGAGAGGGAGAGGGCAGCAUAGUGGAGGAGGAGCUGUGUGGGGGUCUGGAGAUGGCUGUCAACAGAGACAAACUGAUCAUACUGAAGGAGACCUGUGUUCUGCCCUGUCCAGGUGAAUGCUACCUGAUGGAGUGGUCUGACUGGAGCCCGUGUCUGAGUGUGUGUGCCAAAGGGGCCGGCGUGGACGUUGGCUCUGUCCAGGUGCGCUCGCGAGCCGUCGUGGCCCAGGAGCCUGAGAAUGUCCAGCUGUGUCCUGACCAGGACUGGGAGUCCCGACCCUGCAUUGAUGGGGAGUGUUUUGAGUACAAGUGGAUGAGCAGCACGUGGUCAGGCUCCUCUCGUGUCACCUGGUGUCAGCGCUCUGAUGGACUCAACGUCACAGGGGGAUGCCCCCCUAUCAAUCCUCCAGGGGACGACAACAACUCCUGUGACCCGCCGUGUCAAAUGCCAUUGUCCUUCUGCACUGAGGCUGGCGUGUGUAUGUGCGAGGAGGGCUACACAGAGGUGAUGUCCUCCAGUGGCCAGCUGAACCACUGCACCCCCAUACCCAUUCUGGAGAUCCCCACAGCCGGGGACAAGAAGACUGAUGUGAAGACCAGCCGUGCCAUCAACCCCACCCUGCCUGCCACCAUACAGCCUGGACGCACCGGGCGCACCUGGUACCUGCAGCCCUUUGGACCAGAUGGCAAGCUGAAGAUGUGGGUGUAUGGUGUAACAGCGGGAGCCCUGGUACUGCUCAUGUUCAUAGUGUCUAUGAUAUACCUAGCUUGCAAAAAGCCAAAGAAGCCAAAGAGACAGAGGCAGAUGAACAACCGACUGAAACCUCUCACCCUAGCCUAUGACGGGGACGCUGACAUGUAGGACUCUGGGAUAGCCUAGUCCUCCAGAGACCUGCCACACCUGCCGUAAAAACAAGGUGACAUAUCCCAUCAUAGGAAGGACAGGGAUGUUUUCAUCUGCAGAUCAGAAGAAGAAGACCAACGGCCAUCUUGAAUCCAUUUUGGGUCCUCAUGAGUUAAAUGGAAAUUGGAAUUGAGGAACAAUUUCUCCACUUAGAGAUAUUUGGGUUUAGUUCAUGCAGUUCUCCUUUUUCCCCCUUUUCUUUUGUGAUAUUUCCUUAAGCAAACGCCUUCAUGGCCUCCACUCACUAUGAGGAAAAUGCCUUUUUUUUUGUUUUGCUUUCAAAUGGAAGAGCUGCUGCGAAGAGACAAACUUUUUUUUCUCCUUGAACACAAACAGCACAAGCUCAUUUCUUUGCUGUGUUUUCUGCUCGUCCCUGAAACGUUGAGUAGCUGGAGGCUUAGGAUGCACUGGCGGUUCGCACGUUGCCAAAAGUCACCGCAGGGAAGGGGAGGAAAAUCUCCAUGAAAAGGCUCUGAUUCCUUUCCUUUCUGGGUUUUGACUGAAAUCUCCUUCUUCGGUCGCAAACAAAGAGAUACUUUUGGUUUCCGGUUGAUUCCUAGGCAGUGGACUAUCUUGGAGGAUAAACAUGUACAGACAGAGAACACAAGAUGAGAAACCAUCCCUGGUUACUGGAUCUAUUGCCUGUCUCUCUUUUGCUUUGUUUCAGGAACUAUUAUUGCACUACAUUAGUGCAGCAUGAUAUGCACAUGAUGACUUAUAUGUUGCAUUGCCAUAGAACAUUGCCUCUCUUAAGACAGAUAUGCAGUUGGAAAUCAAAUGUGAAAAUAAUAGGCAUUUUCAAGACCAUGGAUACAUGAAAACUGGAGAUGAUGUCUGCGUUCUAUAACACAGGGGGUGUGAAUCAAUAGUAAAUAUGUAUAGAUUUUAUUUUGCCACAACUCGUUUUGUUUUUGGUCCAGUAUCUUUUGUGUUCUAAAUACUGUAGUUGGUUUGGUAUUGUCCCUCUCUAUGCCCGAAUGAAAUCGAAUAGACUACGUUAAAUGAGGACCAUUGAUUCUGUUCUUGCUUACAAUGAGAUAUUUCCAAUGGUUUAAAUGUUGUAAAUAUGAAACAUAGCCCAUAUGUACAUGGAAGAUAAAUGGGUAAAUGGAUUUUCUUAUUUUUUAGAUAACUUGUUUUGCAAAAAACAAAACCCCUCUAAAGCUAAAACGAUGUGUGUGACUGCUAUUGUAUUUUGUAUCUAACUUCUAAUGUCACGCAAACCUAACUUCUGCCUUAUUGUCAAUGAUCAACUAUCUACAGUACCAUAUACAUUCAUGAAACCAACAUAUUUAAUAAUGGGUGCAGCACAGGUUUAAACUGUAUGUCAUUGAUUCAUGUGAUGAAUGAUUGAUGAAUUUGGUGAUUGAUGAAUUUAGACGGAAGUUAAACAGUACCAUUUUCUUGGACAAAGGCUCUAGGAACACUACAGUUGUUUUCAGUUCUGACUUAAGACUAUGGAAAUGUCCUUUUUCACAAUGACCCAUAUCAUAGUGCCCUUAGACAUAUGAUAAUGAUGCAGUUCGUUCUCUCGGCGUACAAUAUUACAUCAUAUAUUCUGUAUAUAUUGAGGUCCAUCUAAGCAGCCGUCAUCACAGUAUAUGAAUACAGAGGAAAUAUGGUGCCGCUGUUCUACAGUGGCAGAAUUCGACCACUCUGCCUGAUUGCUAGAAGAACAGCUGAUGAGGAGAAUGUUUACUUUGUUGUUAGUUUUCCUUGUAAAUAAUAACAUUUUUUAUUUAUUUUUUUUAAAGGUCAACUUAUGUGAACAUUUAUUUUGUAUUGCACAGAAUGUUUAGUUUGAGUAUUGCAUUGUGGGUGUAUGAUGUUACUGAUAUCAUACACCCACUGAUAUUACUGAUAUCAUACACCCACUGAUAUUACUGAUAUCAUACACCCACUGAUAUUACUGAUAUCAUAC